AUGAAUAGUUUUAUAUAUUCAACGGUGAUCGUUUUAUUAUUAAACAGUUUAUGUGCACAAGAAAUCUAUGAAAAAGUGGAUGCUGUGUUGGGACAGAGUGUGGAACUGCCAUGCAACGUGACUUCGGAGAAAAAGAACGACAAACUCAAUAUACUCGCCUGGUACAGAAAUGGUUCGACUACAGCAUUUUACAGUCGCGACUUACGCCACGGAGACAAGAGUACCACAUCGUCAGGCAGUCGGUACCGGCUGGUGACGGGAGAAACCAAGGGGGAGGAUAAGUUGCAGAUAGUCAACGUGCGAGCCUCUGAUGCAGGAUUGUACACCUGCCUCGCAGACUUCGCAGCUAGUCCCGCUUACAAAACUCACGUUCAACUAGCUGUCAUUGAACCACCACGGCAUCUAUGGGUGGUACAUGAAAACGGCACACAAGUGGCAAAGGCCAGUGCCGGUUCCAACACGAGCCAAAACGUGGGACCUUACUACGUGGGGGACACCGUUCACCUUGCUUGCGUGGCCUAUGGAGGCAAGCCACUAGCUUCAUUGUCAUGGUGGACAGACCAGCGGUUUUUGAAGAAUACUCUGACGCCACUGUCGGAGCAUCGUGUGCGCGGUGACCUGAUAUACGGACCCUUACAGCGAGAAGAUCAUGGCAGAGUCUUCACAUGUUUAGCUAAAAAUAACGAAAUAAUCGCACCACUGUCUAUAGACAUCACCAUAGAUAUGUACUUGCCGCCUGACUUGGUGUCCCUGCGGAGCGAGGGUCCGGACUCGGAUGGGUCGACGGGACGGGUGCGCGCGGGCGAGGCGUUGUCGCUGCAGUGCCGCGUGCUCGGCGCGCGCCCGCUGCCGCCCAUCGUGUGGCGGCUCGCCGACAAUCAGCUGCUCAACUUGGAACAGAAAAUUACUAUGGAGCCCUCACAGCGGCUCGUGGUAAGCGACAUCCAGCUGACGAUAGACCGGAAGUACGAUGAGUCGCACAUUACGUGCUGUGCGCCCGCGCACCGCCGCAACUCGGAACAAUUCGUAUGCGCACAGCCACUACCCCUCACCGUGUUAUAUCCACCCAUACUGGAAAUCGUGGUGACCGACGCGAAUGUGGAGAACAACACGGUCACAGUAAUUAAAGGAUCCAACUUGUCCCUGGCUUGUAGUUAUCAAGCUAAUCCUGAUGUCUACGAACUUUUAUUUUUUCAUAAGGAAGAUAUGAUAGUUAACGCUGACAAAGACAGUAAAGGAAAUAUUCAGCAGUUUUUAGAAAUUAAAAACGUAACUGAAAAAGAUGGCGGCGAGUACGCAUGCGUCGCGAACAAUAACGAGGGAUCGACGUACAGCGAACCGAUCAACAUUGCCGUAAUUUACCCCUCCUACUGCGAAGAUGACGCCAUAAUGGAAUACGGCGUUGGAGUAAAUGAAGCGGUAAACUUAACUUGCAACGUGAAAAGUAACCCUGCGCCGAAAUCAUAUCGCUGGAUUCUAGUCAACGAAGCUGUGAACAUUAGCACUCUAAGAAAUCGUCCGCAUGAGUCUAUUGAAACUGAAGAUUCAGUAUUGUUGUAUCAACGACCUAACGAAACUGAUUACAGUACAAUUUUCUGUUGGGGACAAAACGAUGUGCCUUCUAAAGGGUUAAUUCACACCCCAUGCACCUUUUUGGUGACCGGAGAGACAAUACCUCGUCCGCCCACUAAUUGUGAAGCGAAGAAGAAUUCCGUGAAUGACAUCAUCAUCGCGUGUGAGAAAGGGCACGACGGAGGAUUGCCUCAGAAAUUUAAAUUCACCGUGCAAGCUGUGGACACUGCAGAAGAAUUAGUAUCAAUAACUAAUUUGGAACCAAAGUUCAUGAUACAAGAACCCAGUUACGAGAAGUAUAAAUUCAUGAUCAUAGCUUUUAACGAUAAAGGAGAGAGUCAAGUUGUAGAGGUUGACAAGGACAGCAUAGUGAGUGAAGAAACUGCUCCACCGGUGACAGUAAGCAGCGUGAGGAAUAUAACGACACUAGCGCUGGCUCUGUGCGGCGGCGUGGCGCUGGUGGCGCUGGCAGCCUGCGGCCUGGUGUUGUGUACGUACGAACGAUCCUCGCGCCUCGACCUGCCGCGCGACCUCUCCGACCCACCGCUCUGCGCUUAUAAUACUGAAGAAUCGAACUGUGAAACAUAUCACGACAGCGACGAAGGCAGCGAGUGCAACGUCAGACGGACGGAUUCGUUCCGGCGAGCAGUAUCGAGACAUUCCUCCAAGAACUUCGAUGUACGACGGACUAGUUCAUUUCACUCGGCGCGCUACAUGCACGACGUGGCCGACCAGGACGCAGUCAGCAAGUGCAACGAGAUACCUCGACACAACACCUGCAGGGUGCACUCCUUGCAAAAUAUUCAUAGAAAGAAAGAAAUGGACGCUUUAUGUGAUCACCUAGUGCUGCAUCUACCUCCAGAAACUAAUUACAACGUUCCGAAACCGAUGAAUACAUUCUACACGAUGCCCAGAAAAAUGCGACACAAACUCGCCAAAGAACUUAGUGAUGAGACUUCCGAAAUAACACAGAAUUCAGAUGGAUUUUCGUUGCCGCCUCCGCCGGACGAAUUCGGCACUUAUCGUGCAGGAACCCGAAUUAAGGAUAUGCCGACUAAGUCAACACCAACUUACACAACAGUUAUAAGAAAGAAUUCUACAGGGAGAGACCCCACUAAACAACAAUAUAAUGUAUCCACGAUAAACACAGUGGGACUGCCUACGGUCAGUGGAGGCCAACACAGUGGAGUGUACUCUUACCCUGACGAUGACCAUCAUCCCUCCCAUCAGCAGGACACGCCGAGUUCUACUGGCGGUUUCCAAACUUAUUUCACCCCUAGGGAAUCUGGGUUGUAA